UGGGGCCUGAUCAUUAUGUGUUACUUAGAGUAAAACCGCAUCAUUUGUUUACUUUUCUGUCAGAAAUAAUAAUAAUAAUUUUUAUUACAGAUGAUCUUCAAUGCUGAUGAGGCCCACAACAUAGUUAAGGAGUGCAUAGAAAGCGUUUUAGGCAAGGCAGAUUAUAAUCACAACAAAGUCAACCAGUGGACUGCUGCUAUAGUAGAACAGUCGCUGACACAUCUGGUAAAACUCGGAAAAACGUACAAGUACAUCGUAACCUGUGCAGUGAUGCAGAGGAGUGGAGCUGGUCUUCACACAGCAAGCUCGUGCUUCUGGGAUACCACAACUGAUGGAACCUGCACAGUGAGAUGGGAAAACCGAACAAUGAACUGCAUUGUCAAUGUGUUUGCUGUUGCUAUUAUCCUGUAGCUGACUGGAAGAUAAAUACAGGCAACACCGAAGCCUUUAAAAAAAAGAAAAAUAUCAUCCAAACACAUGGCUAAAUAUUUCAAACCAUUAUUUGUUUUUGUAUGGGAAGCAUACAGAAGUUCUCUAUAGAGAGCAUACAGUCUAAGUCAGUUCUCAUAGAUUAAUUAUCUGAAAGCUAACAAAAAAUUUAAAAUAUAUAUAUAUGUAUAUCUAUCUAAAGAGAAAGUUUUAGUAAUUUAAAUAUUCAGAAGUACGUUGAUAAGAUGCCACAGAGAUCAAUAGAAUUUAUAUCAAAGCUAAUAUCAAAGAUACUUUAUUCAAGAGGAACAAAAUAUAUCAAAGGAAAGGUCAGAGGGCAAGCAAGACCUCUCAGGAUUAUGGUGCAUUUGGGAAGAAAUUACGAACACAAUUCAGAGUGGAUAUACUGUAAACAAUACUGGUGCUUCAUGUUUGAUUAAGCAAAGCUAACCAUCACAUUGAAUGCUGGUGCUUGUGAAAUUGCAUGAGCAUCACGUUUCAGUCAAGCAUGAACAUUUACACUGAAAGUAAAUCCAGUUAAGCUUUUCCCCCGGAGGCAGAGGAUGACUUCACUGGGACAAAGGUGAAAUAUAUCUAGUCCUAGCAGAAUUCUAAUUUAUCUUCAGAAUGAAAAACAUGCUGAGGACGAGACAUCAGCCCUUAAUUCAUAAUUUAUAAAUCCGAAAACACUCUGAAGCUACUUUAUUUUAUACCACAACUGCAGAAUUUGUGACAAGCACUUUACUGAUUUCUCUUGCAGUAGCCAGGAACUAGGGCAGUAAGACUGGACCCACAUUAUUCCAAGUAGGAUUGAAGUGUUUGGAGAGAGGGCACAUGCAUUUCUAGAGGCUCUUGUUAGCUUUGAAAGCAUUUUUAUUAAAGCAACAUAUCUGUUAUUUAUAGGAGUGUUUCCUACAUUCUAUAAGUCUAGAUUUGGAUCUUAGUCCUAUGAAAACACACAGUUAAGCACUAAGAAUUCCCCUCCUGUAAAGAUUUAUGCAAUCUUUGCUCAUCUGAUGAGUCUUAACUUGAAAUAAUUCCAUGUGGAAGAAAACCAUUUGCACACAUGCAAGUAUUUGCUGGAUUGGGGCCUAUAUUUUUGUUGAUUAAUGCACAAAUUAUAUGAAAAAGAGAUGUAUCAAUACCAAAAAUGCCUAAACGAUUGCUGCCACUAAGUGGCAGCUACAUUAAGUUGUUUUCUCAGAUGCUGCUCAAGAUUAGAAUUUUUUCUUUUAUUACUGCAUGUCUUUGGAAGAAGUAAUUGCCUAACAGCUACUGUAAGGCUGUUUUGGAUUUUAACAAAUUAAUAUUAAAGCACUAUUAUGCAGUUUUAUUAGUGGGUUUUUUUUUUCAGAUAACUGACUCUUGGGGCAUGUAGCAAGUGUCCUGUACAAAGAACAAGCUGAAAACCAUUCCACUGCUUAAAUUGUGUAUACGUACAGCUGGUAUGAGACUACAGAAGGAACGUGUGUAUGUGUAAUUCACAGUACUGUUCAAAAUCUCUUGCUUUGCAAAUGUAGAAUUCCACUUUUACCUAUGUGCAAGUAAAGAUAAUGCUGUCAUACUGCAUUUGCCUAACAGGCAAGUGUAGCGUGAAGAUGUAUGUGUAUGUUGUACUGACCUUCACAUGUAUAGUAAUUCAACAUUAUUUAGGUUAGGACCGCAAUUUCUGAAGUAGGUGCCAGCAUCCAGGAGCUACUACAAAAAUGCAGUAGUUCCGGUGGUAUUUGGGGUUGUACAAAGUGAAAAAGUAAGUGGGAUAGCAACUGGAAAAAUCCCCCUUUAAUGGACAUUUGGGUGCCAUGGUCAGAAGAAGUAUUCCAAAUAGCCACUUAUAAUCUCAUUUGGUAUUUUUGCUUUACUUGAAAACAAGAUGCACUGAGUAAGACUAUCAGUUUAAUGAGGCUUGGUGAAGGUUCUGAUGCAGAAGAAACCUAGAAAAUACUGCUUCAUUUUUCUUUCUACCAAAAAAAGAAAAAAUAAAGUUUUGCCUUAGUUGUA